UUUAUUAGUUAUGCAUUUAGAAAAGUGGAAUCGAGUAUUAAAUAACAACUAAACCCAUACGUACAUCGGAAUCUGCUGAAGACAAGAUAGCGUUCAUAUGUACUCGAGGCGCGUACAUUAAUUGCUAAUUAUUAAGUAUUGAUUUUUUUAAAUGGGGCCGUAACAUAUCCAAGGGGGAGGCUGUUCGUUCGCAAGUAUCUGGAACUAUUUUCCGCACGGACAAAAACGUCCACAUUUAUCCCUCCCUCCAAGCGCGUAGUAAUACACGAGUGAACAAAUGGCGGGAAACUUUGGAAAAAUUGUCAUUAAUUUGGAGGAUAUCAAGCAACUUCCGACGAAUAAUAUCGAUCGAGAUCUAUUUCUAAUGAUACGAGUUUGCGAAUCUAUUAAAAGAAAGAAUCUAACAGAGAGUCGCAUAAUGGCGAAGGUAGAAAAUGGAAAAAUACAAACGAAUGGGUGAGAGAAGAUGGCGGACCAAUUAAGAGUACCGCGCUGAUACAUUUUAUUCUUUAUUUGUAGCAAGGGGUAGUAUUUUAGGAAUGCGUAUCCAACUAUUUCACGAGAAAUCCUUAAUUAUGGAGUAAACAGCUAGAGAUUGCAAUAAAAAUUACGUAGCCAUCCGUAACGGUAAUAUCGUUUAAUACGAGCGAGAUCCAUAAAUAAAACAAUUGGUUAUAUACAUAUGUUUUUCAAAUCGACGAAUGCUAUUAUAUAUUUUGUAUUGAGCACUCGUUUCGGGAGAGAGACGCCGACGCCCGGCGCCGACGUCGUUUUUAAAGCGUCAACGUUGUGCCGGAGUAAUCUCACCCAAUCCGGGCGACUCAUAAGUAAAAAAAAAUCGUUAGAAUAAUCAACCCUCUCCGACAAGCUGGCAGGUCGUAAAAAUGCAUCGGUGAAAAGUUUUAUUGCCGAAACUUUUCGACGUUUUUCAUCGAGGUGCUAAGAUAACGAAACAGAGAGGGGGGUGGGAAAAUAUAAUAGUAAGCAAUGAAUUUAACGUUGUGAAACGUGAAAUCGUUUAACGUAAUAUUUUUAAUUUGUGAUUGUUUAUAAUAUAUAAAUCGGUGGAAAGAGACAAGGUUUCGUUCGUGUGAGUGAUACCUUGCUCAUUUUGUUUCUUUCUUUUUGAAAUGGGUACGGCGGGUCGCGAUUUUGAGCGCGAUCGGGAGGACAAGCUCCACUGUCGAAUUUGUGCUAGUGACAUACCAAGAAACGAUGGGGUCCACAUUUUCGCCGAGGAUGGUAGACGGCACUACCUGCAGACCAAAAUACGAAAAUAUCUGUACAUCUUGGUGUCUACAGAAGAUAAGUUAUCAAAGAUGGUAUGCGCUACAUGCAUUAAGAGAUUAGAAAACAUUCAUCGUUUUGCAAUGAUGGCAUAUAGAACACAAGAGAAAUUAAAAUUGCAAUUAUAUAACACGACAGACAAUACAAGUGCUGAGCAAGAUGUAGAAUUGCAAAGUAUUAAAGAUGCGCAGGAUGCAACAAAGAAGAUGGAAGAUCGGGGCCUAUUACAUACAAUAUUAACAAAAGGUGCGAUAGAAAUUCUGACCGAAGGUGAACCAUUGGGACCAUCGGAGCUAAUAUCACAGGAUGAUAAAUGCCCUACUCCGAGUAUGGAAGAAAUGGAAGUCAAAGUAGAUCCAAUGUUAUUUUUACAAUGUGGUAUGGAACAGUCAGAAUCGGAAAGUUCUGAGGAAUCGGAUACAGAAGAAAAAAUAACAAGAGUAGAUACACCGGAACCAUUACCGUUAAUGAAUAAAUACAUUUCCCGUAGAAUUGAAAAAAUAAAAAAAGAGAUAAGGGAUGAUAAUAAUGAUAGAUCACACGAAGAUGACGAAUUUGUUUCUAAUGUAUCGUCAAAACCCCACGAAUGUACGAUAUGUGCUAGAUCCUUUAUAUCUCAAAUUGGUCUACAAAAUCACUUAUGGUCUCAUUUGCCUAAAGAUAAACGACUCGAUGGAAAGCCUAUUCUAAGAUCUCAACAAGUAUAUUCUACAAACGGUGUGCUUCACAUGAAUACUGACAGCAACUCGUCUGGAAAUUUCAUCUGUCCAAUUUGUAGUAAAAAAAUUUCUACUAAGGGAAAUCUAAAAGUGCAUUUGGAAACACAUCGGCCUAAAGGAAAGUAUGGUUGUGAUAUAUGUGGUAGAAUUUUUAAAACACAGUCAAAUUUAUUCAGACACAAAGAAUACCAUGGUGGGAUACAAUUUCCAUGCAAUGUAUGCGGAAGAGUUUAUCCAACGAAUUCUACGCUACGAGCUCACAGUAUAACACAUUCGGAUUUGAGACCACACGCGUGUCCUCUUUGUGAUAAAACGUUUAAAAGAAAUCAGGAUUUGAAAUUUCAUAUAAAUCAACAUACAGGUGCGAGACCGUAUCAAUGUCCAUAUUGUCCAAAAGCUUUUGCAAGUUCCGGGAACUGUUUUUCACAUCGUAAAAGAAUGCAUCCUCGAGAAGUACAUCGGGACAGACAAAGAGCGGCCGAUUUGAUGAGAUGAACCAUGGGUAGUCAAUACGAAGAAUGGUUGUAGUGGAAAGUAAUUAUUUGUGGAAUGAUCGUGAUAGCUAUUAUGAAGAGAACGAGCUUUAGUUUUGAAUAUGGUGCUAUCGAGAAAAGCAACAGAAAUUUGUAUGCUUUAAUUGAAUUGUUUACAGUUAGUGUUAGGUAUAUUAUUGUUACUAACAGGCACUUAGUUGUUUGUUCUUAUGCCGUUACUAGGCCUUUACACAGAAUAGAAACAAACGAAUAUAUUUUUUUUAAUUUUUUAUCUUAUCAAUGUUGCUGGACGUAUACUUCCAUUGUUGUUGAUGAAUUUAGUAAUUAUUAUUUAUUGACUCGUACAUAGUACAAGUGAUAAUAAUAAUAGGUUUUAAACUUUCUAGUUAAAGUAAGAAAUUUGUAUUUUUUACUCCUUUAUCUACAUUUAACUUGUAUACAUUUUCUUCUUCACCUUUGAAGGUAGAGAUUACAAUUAGACCGCCCUUAAUACAAUUUCUUAGAAACGAUUUUACAGUAAUAUAAUACUUGAAUUAAAACGAGCAUCAUUGAUAGCAUGAUGCCGGCAACACCAUUAAAUUCAAGUGGAGUAUUAUUCAAAUAAUUCCACGUUGCUACAAAUUGACCCAUCGGUAACGAAAACAAUAAAACAUAAUGUUCUAAAAGUAUGAUUUGUAUAGAAGAAAGUAACGAUUGUUCGGUAGUGAAAGAAGUUAGUAAAAUACAAUGUAACUGUGAUUUUUAUAAAUCGAUAGUAUCUUUCAAAUACAACAGUUAAUUCGUAUUCCGGUGGGUUAAGUACUAUUUAAACUUGGUAUUGUAGCUAUCUACGAAAAAAAGGAAAUAGUAGCAGUACAAUUGAAAAUGUAAUAUUAUUCAUUUGCACUUAUCUUUUGUAAUCGUAAACUAGGCGUUGAACGUAAUAUUUUUAAACAGCGUGUAUUUAGCAUUUUUCAAAAAACAAAAGGUACAAAGGUUUGAACAUUGAUAUCAUUUUAUAUUUAUUUAACAGUUUGUUUCCUUGUUAUAACAAAAGGUAAAUAAACUCGAGCGAAGACGAAGGUUCUAAACAAAAAAAAAAAAAACAUUAUUUUGUUCAUAUAAAGAGCUGUUCAACAGCAAUUAUU